GCAUGGGGGAUUCACCACUAAUUUCAUCCUCUUCCUUCUUUAAUGGCUUUAGUGAGGGGUAAGAGGCCUAGUUUUGAAGGUUUGUGGGAGAUGAGGGUGGUGUGCGGCUUGGAGUCCUUGACCUUGGUGAAGGGACUUUUGUGGCUGCUUACUAUCUUUAAAGGUUUGAUAUCUAGUUUUGAGGGUUUGUUGGAGAUGAAGGUGGCAAGUGGUGGGAUCUUUGUAUCUAUGGUCAAGUGUUCUUUAGGGCGGCUCGCUGGUGGUGAAGGUGGAGGCAUGAUACACAACGUCAAGUGCAUAGGUGUUGGGCUUGCUAGAAUUAGGCAACUUGGAAGCUGGGGCUUGUUUUGAGAUUUUGUUUCAUGGUGUUUGCGGUGGGGAUUAGUAUCCUACUAAGGCUCUGCUUCCUCAAGAAUUAUCAUUGGUGCUUGAUUUUAUGGUGUAAUGGGUUGCGUUGGAUGUGUGAUGAGUGUUUGGUUUGGAAUAACUUUGCUUUUUUAGGUAUGUCUUAAUAGGGAAAACUUGGAUGGUGGUUGGCUUUUUGGGAAGGAUUGAUUGGUAUACUAUGUAAGGGGUCUGUGUGGAGAUAGAUUUAGUUUAGGAUGGGGUCAAGAAUCCAAAGCUUGAUUGAAGGUGGUAUCAAUUGUGCGAGUUGUAUCAAUUCUUAGGACAUCUUCCUUUGGCAAGGGUCAUUAUGUUGUUAGUUUUUUGUAGAAUAUGGAGGAUCGGAAUAUGAAAAAUGUUUUGGUUGGUGCCCAAGGAUCAUAUCAUAGUAGAACAGAGGAGUUUGAUUCACAAUGUUUGUUUAAAAUUGUCUUGGGAAUGGUGGUUGUUACUAUAAUUCGAAAAUAUAUUGGGAUGUGGUUUAACCUCUUUUGUGUUAAGUGUGUUGUAAUAGUGUAAUUAAUGUUCAAGAGAUAA